AUGGGUAGAUAUUCGGUGAAAAGAUACAAAACCAAGAGAAGAGCGAGAGAUCUCGACCUUGUGUACAAUGAUUUGUCUUCUAAAGAGUCUAUUCUCAAAUUAAAAAACCAACCAUUGGACGAAACAAAGCCUGGUUUGGGUCAAUACUACUGUAUUGAAUGUGCCAAAUACUUCGAGACACAACCAACGCUAGACCUCCACAGAAGAGGCAAGGUGCACAAAAGAAGAGCAAAGGAGUUGAAGCAGAGACCAUAUUCACCUCUUGAGAGUCAAGCUGCCGCAGGCUACAACGUUCAGCGUUUCAUGGAGUCUGUGGAGAAGUACAAACAACUCGAACAAAACAAGAAGGACAACCAAGCCGAGUACGAUGCUCUUGUGCUGCAAAGAAAUGAUACGCUUGAUGCUAUCAUCACAGGAAUUCCUUCUGGAACCUUGGAACAAGACGCUGACGGCAAGACUCAAGCGGAAGGACAGGCGGAUGCCAACGUCGAUGCCGAGGCCAUGACCGAUGCAUAA